AGCAAAAGCCAACCGCACCAGCAAAAGGGCGCCCGCCACUCUUUUCUGUGUCUCUACUACUUGCAAUGAUUUAUGUUCACGGCAAGCAGACAUACAAACAAAAACAUUGAAGAAAUCCAAAUAUGAAUGCCGUGUAUACGACCCCGUAGACAAGAAGCGACGUUCCACUUCCACCUUCUCUCCAAGUAACAAGCAGCAGUGCUAGCAAGAACGGGCGUUCCAGGCGCAGGGUUUCGUGGUUGCUAAACGGCAAAAAGCUCGACAGAACGCGGCGGGCAGUGCAACCCACACCGACUGUUGAAUAAACCGCAGGCUUGUCCGCGAGAAAGGAUGACGGUCGCGAGUAUCGAAGGGGAAAAAACUGGAUCACAAAACCCAAACUUUUCUACGCGUCACAUACUUCACAUACCCGUACUGGAACUGGUACUGGAUGGGUACAUACUUAUGAUGAUUUCGUUCCUCCGGAAAGGAAAACUGGAUAAGCAUGCAAGUAUCAAGUUAUCCCAUGUUUUAUGUUCCGACGACAAGAAAACAGCACGUCAUGUGCUGUUACAAGUGUAAUGACUGGCACCACACGUUUCAUUGCCUCGUCAUGCUUUUUAGUGUUUUUUCUCUGCAUAGCGACCAGCACCAUUCUACCAAACGUGGGCGCCGCUCCCGGCACCGGCACAGGCGAGCCCGCAAAGGUAAAAAAGAAGAAAAAAAGCAAAGAAAAAGUGGAACAAAAGAAACCCAAAAUCGUCGUCGAGUACCGUGUAUCCACUGCAAGAGCAAUAAAUGUCUACGUCACUGUAAGAAGUUACUUGUAAAAAAUUACGAACGACACGUCGUGCAUAUCUUUCAUCCUUCUUCAUCUAUCUUGCUCCCUCUGGAGCCGCGCGCACGAGGUUUUCUGAUUCGUGCAAGUUCGCUGCAAAGCGUAAGCGAGCAAGAUGAAUUUAGGUAAAAAAUCUAGAUGUCUUUUGGUGCUGACUCUGACAUAUAUCGCAUUUGCACUGGAUGCGGGGGCGUGAUCGAUGAGGAGCGUGUGGAGCGGGUCAGCAACACGAUGGACGGACUGCUGGUAUCCUAUUGUAGUACGCACUCGACUUCAGAAAUGCACCUUGCCACAGCGUAACGUUAACUUCAGUUAUCUCUUUAAGUACACAAAAUAUGAAAGUUUUGAAACUAGCAUGCCAUUAUACGUUCGUACUUCUUGCUACUGCAAAACUUCAACCACAAUUCCAGUCCCAAUUUACGACCGGCUGCACCAAGCUUGCGGACAAGCACCUGGGCAUGAUCAAGCGUCGCAAGCUGGAGAACGACACGCUGAUCUGUAUCGAAAAGAUGCGCGUAUCAAGUGUAAAAAUGUCUGGGCCUGGAAGAUUGCCAGGUUUGUCAUGCACAUUUUGCAUGACUCCUGACGUCUGUGAUGCAUGCCCUAGCAUCACAGGUUUUGUGACGGCUUCCUGAUGCCUAUACCGCAUGACAAAUGCUCUUUCCGUGUAGCAAAACUUGGACUCUCUUUGCUGCUCAUGCAAUACAGAUUUUUUUAUAAUCCAACAUCAGCGAUGACAAGUUGGAUUCUUCCAGACCCAGACAUUUUUACAAUUGAUAGCGCGAUCUCAUGUACGAUACGGUGAAGGGCGACAAACGCGAGCUGGACUGCGUCUUUGGCGGCAACUGCAUCCGCAUCGGGAAGGUCUUCUACCAGAUGGAUCUCACGGAGAACUGGAACCCAGAGCAAGAGGAGGAGGACGAGGGCAGUAGUUGUGCGAUGAGCACGGCGUCUAGUACGGCGAUAUCGACAAAUGUCGAUGCGACGACGUCACUAUCAUCUUCUUCCUCUGGUACUUCUAGCUCGGCGUCCAUGACAGCGUCCCCAGGAAGGAGCUCAGUCCAGACAGAAACUGGUACGGAACAAGCGGCCCUACUGGAAGCCGGACGUUCGUCGGCCGGGGGCAGCAGUAGCAGUACUUCUAGCAGUAGAGGUUCUUGUUCUUCUUCUUCAUCCUAUCACUGCAAAAAUACAACUGAAAAGAUAAUUACCUCCUCCGCCAAACAAAAUAAUAUCAACCCGGUCACCUCGUUGAUCGAAGAACCUAGAUGGCAGGACUUGCGCAAGGCCGCCGCCAGCGUGAAGGCGGUGCUGGAAUCCAUGGGACACUACCGGUAUGCAUUGCAAAAGUAUCGUAGUCGUACUCGCAUAAAUGCGAGUCUAGCAUUACAGAUCUGUUUUCUUACCUCAAUCUGCAUGACAAAUUUCAUUUUUCUUCUAGGAAAAAUUUGUCAUGCAAUUCAUACUAGUACGAUGCUUUUGCAUUGCAUAACCGGCAGUGGCGCCCGGACCAGGAAGAGUCGGAGGAGUCGAGCACCGACGAGGAUGAGCUGACGGAGGAGGAGAAAUUCGCGCGGUGGGUGCGGAAGCUGGAGAAGAUAAAGAACCAGCCGCAGGACCAGAAGCGCGUACUGGACGACUUCAAGAAAAUCGACCAGAUUACCACCAUCGAGGAGUGUCUCAAUAUCAAGGUACGAGAAGAUUUCGAUUUGAUUGAAGUAAUGGGGGUGGAGGAGGUGGAGUUCGGAUUAACAUUAAGUGGUCACUUCUUGCACCCCGCUCGAAUGCAAAAGCAAUCGCUAUCUCAAGCCAUGUUGAUGAACAAGAUUUGACAUGAAGCCGUCUCUACUGAAAACAGUAAACGCUUGCGCAGGUGGAUGCGAAGUGGCAGUUCACCAAUUGGAUGAUCUGGAUGGUGCACCGGGUAUUCUUGAACGAUCCGACGCUGCUCGAACUUUCUUUCGCGGGCACGCAAAUGCCGCCCCCCGAGAACGAGUUUCGCGUUGCCCCGAAGCUGUGCGCCGCGGUUGGGAAAAACCGUUUUCUGGAGCGGCUGUACCUGCAAAACAGCACGCUGCAGUCGGGGGAAGCGGAGGUGCUCGGCAAGUCGCUGCGGGACAACGGCAGUCUGAGAGAGCUGAACAUUGAGGGCAACUACGUGGACGUCAGCGCGCUGUGCACCAUCGCGGACUCGCUCUCCGUGAAUCGAAGUCUAGAGGUUCUGCGCAUCUCCGGGCAGCAGGGCGAGUGCAUGAACAACCGGGGCAUGGGCGCGAAAUUCGAGGAAAUUCUGGGCAGCGCUAUGCUCAAGAACCAGUCCCUCAUCAGCGUCGGCAUCGCCCUGUACAACCCAAGUUGGCGGGACGUCUUGGACCGCGCACUCACCCGGAACAACGACCGAAAAAAGCGCAUGGAACGCAGGAAAAACGGGGUACGCAAAUUUGUAGUUUGCUCAUCAGCAUGGGUGGCUUUUUUUAGAGGUUUGUGUUUCGUUCUUCACGACGAACUUUCUUAAAAGAAACAAGGCGCAGCGGCCGGUGCGGUUUUCGUUUUUAUACAUUCUUAUUCUUUCAUGUAGAAUGGAUCACAUGGCUCAACAACUGCAGGUUCCCUCCGUCAGUACUGCCUCAACGAGUGCGUGUUCCUCGAUGUACGGUGGUGUUAUCCCGACCACCAGUUCGUCGGAGGCCCAAAUAAUCCCGCCACCUUCGCGAAACCUCUCCACUGCUUCCAGCAUCGUGAGCAAGGAUAGUGACGCUGGCGAGCAGGGACAACAUACUAGAGCGGACAACGACGGCAAACACAGCGGACCCUCGGUUUCCGCGUUUCGAGACAAAAUAGAAGGGCGAAACACGAGGCAGGAGGCGAAUCUACAACCGGCAAAGAUGGGCGGAGAAUUAUCAGAUGGCGACCUGCAACAAGCGUCGAAGGGGGAACAGACGACAGCAACACCAGGCGAAGAAGAACAAGACGAGGAGGAGGACGAGAUUGAAAUCGUGCCUCCGGCUCCACAACAAAGCAUUAGCUGGCUGGUCACGGACGAAAACGGGGAGGGCCGCAUCGCUUCAGCAACUCUUCCGUUACCGGCGGAGGACGGAACUGCAGCGGGACAGGAAGAGGAGGAGCACGAAGAUGCUGAGGAAGGGGAAAUAAUCGCAAAUUAUGGCGAAACAGCUGCAGAAGGGCAGGAUGGUAUUUUUCCCGUUGCCAACCAGGAAGAAAAGACGCCAUCGAAGACGGUUGGGGAAUAACGAGAAAGAAAGGCGUACAGAUUUUCCGUGUGCGUUUCGAUUGCGUUUCUGUAGACAUGAAGGUGACGCACAAAAUCGAGUUAUAGAUUGAUACGCAGGGGGACCCGAAAAUCGUCAGCAAAAGCGCACGCUGGUGAGUGAAGAUAGAGCGACUCUGUGAGCUCGACCACGAAUGCAUUUUUUCUAGUGUCUUGCAUCCCUAUUAUUUCUUUGUGAAUCUAUAUCUAGACUUUCGUAUAUAUUUUCACCUUAGUACGAGUAAGUCGUAGAGAAACUCGCAGUCUUUGUUUUCGUGAAGGCUUCGCUUGCGUUGACAUUUUGGCACGAAAACGUACUUAUAGUAUACCAGUUUUCCAGCUCCGAGUGGUUCCAAAGAGCGCCGCUUCUCAAGCUUAGUGCAGUUAGUUUUCCCGAAGCCACAAUCAGUAUGUUGCCCGGUUCCUAAGAACAGACCGUGUAAUGCGAACGCCACAACUACAGGAUCAACUGAAUUCCUUCGUCGGAGCGACGAGCUGCACACACGCCUAUGUACUGAAUGAGUCAUCCAAUUGAAGAUUUUGUUUUGCAACAUUGCUGGAUAAUUUUUUGAAAACAAUUACAACAAGCCAUGGCACCAUCAUGGUGCUAAGUAGGUCAGGCAGCAGCCUUUUGCUCGUUUUCUUCAUUGUGAUGUCC